AUGCCACACCUCGAGGACUUCUUCACGCACGGCGACAACGGCACGAACGUCUGUUUAGGUCCAAGGGCGUCAAUUAACGACACGGUUCGACCAAGUCGUCGAGAAGCAGACGAGGCACCUGAUCGUAGUGUUUCGUACGUGCAUGGACCGGAACACGCAGGCCAGACGUCGCUGUUGUUGCAGUUUGGCUUUACGCAGGUCAAAGCUGGCAAGAGCGUGGUGCUUGUCAUGUGUGGGACUGCGGGGAUGUCGCAGCAGCCAGCAGCGUCGGAAAUUGUCCCGCUAAGUGCGUGUUCGCAAUGUCAGCUGCCGUUACAGACUGGUAAUGACAACAGCCUCUGGAGCCGGAUUCACAUUAAAUAUUUGCGAAAUGUUACCGAGCUUCAGCACUUUUUAUGCUCGUUACACGUCGUCGACCCUGAAGUGUCCGUCUUGUUGAUUGACGGCUUUGAGACAUUUUUCGCAGACGAAAGCAAUAUGAGCAACGCGUACCAGACGCUGGCCUUUUUGCUCGAAGCUAGGGAUUACAUGGAUGCAACGACAGGUGGUGGCGUUGCAAUGGUGGCGGGACGUUCAGAUGCAUUUUUGCUUCGAAAGCAAAGUCGAUCUGUACUACGUCGUUGGUGUCGAUUCCUGGAGCUUGCACCUGCUAUGGAAGAGCCGGACGUAUACAUGAUCCGUGAGGAGAUAGAAGAUGUUGCGAAUGUGACUGAAGACACGGAGAGGACGCAAGUGACGUAUGCAUUUACAUUGCCGGUUGACGAUAGGAACGGGACUUUUCAACUGUUACAUGUCCAAAGACAAGGACGUUAA